AUGUUAGCCAACGAACUUAAUGCCAAAGAAUCAAGUGGACUUCUGUCUGUUGUUGAUCGAAUGCGUGAAAUAUUACAUAAUGAAAAUAUAACUUUACCAGAAAUUGUAGUAGUUGGUGAUCAAUCAGUCGGUAAAUCAUCUGUACUUGAAGCUAUUUCGGGAAUUCAAUUACCUCGUGCACAAAAUAUUUGUACACGAUGUCCAUUAGAAUUACGAAUUAAAUCAACAACGGACAUUGAAUAUGCUACCAUUCGUAGUGGUGAAUCUUCGGAAGAUGAAGCUAAAACUCUAUAUGAUAUGAGUGAGAUAAGUAGUGCAGUUACUCUUCUUACUGAAGAAAUUGCUGGUGAAGGAGCAAAUGUAAGUUCAACACCGAUCUAUUUAACAGUGUAUAAACGUAAUAUACCAUAUGAUUUAACACUUAUCGAUUUACCUGGUAUUACUCGAAAUCCACUUCCUGGUCAAGCAAAAGAUAUUCAUGCACAAAUUUUGAACUUGAUUAAUAAAUAUAUAGAACCAGCAACAGCUGUUGUUUUGCAUGUAAUUCCAGCUUCUGUUGAUUUUACAACAUCAGAAUCGAUGAAAUUAGCUAAAGAAUUCGAUCCACAAUGCCAUCGGCAAUUAAUAGCUGCUUCAAAAAUUGAUAAAUAUGAUAAAGGCAUUGCAGAAAAACUAUUAGGAAAAGGAUCAGGUGCCAUGCAAUUAAAAUUAGGUUGUGUUGCUGUACUAAAUCGAAAUCAAGAUGAAAUCGAUCAAGAUAUUUCGUUUGAAGAAAUGAAAAAACGUGAAGCUAAAUUCUUUAUCAAACAUCAUGAAGCAUUUCAACAUUUGCCUGAUGAAUUUAAAGGUACGGAUCAAUUAAUUAAAAAAUUAGCAAUUAUACAACAAGAUCGUAUUCGUUCAACUCUUCCACAAGUUAUUGAACAAUUACGAAAACAAAUUCGAGAAAAAAAACUUGAACUUAAAAAUAUUCCUAUUGCUAUGACAUCAGAACAAGAUUGUUGGAUGAAAUUUCAAUCGAUGAUUAAAGCAUUUCGUGAAAGUAUUCGAGCUAAAGUCAAUGGCGAUUAUGAUGUUUUAACAAGAAUCAAUAUGAUUAGUGUUGGUGGUCAAACAACAUUUAAGUCUAUGACGUUAUCAUCAUUCCAAAAUGAUGAAACAUCAAUAGUUUCUAUGUCUGGUGAUGAUCGUCUUGCUUAUCAUAUCUAUAAAUUUCAAAAACAAUUUCAAGAUGAAUUUUCCAGAAUUUUUUCUGAUUUUUUCUCAGCUGAUUAUUAUAAACUUGUUUUACAAGCUAUCGAUGAUGCAGCUGGUAUUUCAUUACCUAAUUUUCCAAGUUAUCAAAUAAUCGAACGACUUUUUCAUGGAGAACUUCAACGUUUACCCAAUAUUUGUUUUACUUUAAUUGGACGAAUUCAGGAUUAUCUCAAAGAAAGUUUAUUGAGAAUAUUUCAACAAACAUUUGACAUUCAAUAUGCUCGUCUUCUUGAACGACUUAAAGAUGUUAUUAUUAGACAAAUUGAUAUGGCUGAAGAUCGUGCUAGUGAAAGAGUUCAAGAAAUAUUACAAGUGGAAUAUAGAAUCUUUACAAUGAACAAUGCAUAUAUGGAAAAAGUGAAAGAAAAAAACAAUAAAAACGAGAAGAAACAUCAAGAUGAAGCAACAUCGCCACCAAUAGCAAUGACUGUUGCUGAUCCAUCAAACAUGCAAGUUGAUAGUAUACCAACAACAGCAUUCGACAAUAAUCUCCAGUCAAUUUCAACUUUGAAACCUGAAGAUUCAACUUCACCAUUACUUAUGGCUUCUACGAUGAUGCCUAACUCAUAUACAUUAACAUCUAAUGAAGCUCUAGCAGCUGUAGACAUUCAAAUAGCAUUGGACUCAUACUGUUUGGUCGUAAAAAAACGUAUUAUUGAUAGCAUUUCUCAAAUAUGUUAUCAUCAUUUUAUUACUAAAUGUGCUCUUGUUAUCGAUCAGGAUUUAACAAUGGCUUGUCCAUCGUCGGAUUUGCUUCGUUUUAUGAAAGAACCUGCUGAUCAAACAAGUCGACGAGAAAAUUUAAUAUUUACUAUUAAAGCAUUUGAAGAUGCAUUACGACUCGGUCAAGAUUAUUUAUAA